AUAAUGGCUGAGUGUUGUUAGCUAUCCCAUUUGUGGGCCUAUAAAUUUAACAGUGUACAGUAAAAGUGACUAGAAAUGACUUCAGAUUCAGAUCAUGAGCAAAGCAAAGGGGAUAGCUGUUGCUUGGAUUUGAGCGUGGAAGUUUGUGAUUUUGAACCACAGACAGUAUAAAAGAUGGAGGUAGCUACUGUGACAUCACCCACUGCUUCUGCAGUCUUGUUUUGAAACCUCAAGAUGAGCGUUUUCCCCAUCACCGUCUUGAUUUCGGAAAAAAAAGGAUGUGAUGAGGAGUUUUGACUGUGAAACCACACACUCACUGGCAACCACAAGACAUUUUCACAGAUAAUUUGCCAUUUUGAAACAUGGUAUGAACAAGAUUUGCAAAAAUAGACUUUUUAGCAGGUUUAAAGCACUUCCUUCUUCCUAGCCAGAAACUACAUCCAUGUUUUAUACUGUCUAUGCUUUGAACACUGGCAUUGUGCGAAGGCAUGUAUAAUUUAGUUCCAUUUUUGCAUGAGAUCAUUUUUGCUCUUUGUGUUGGCUUUUCUUACAAGUCGCUAGUUUAAAGCUAAGCAUUCAGUGGGGUCAUAUUUUUCUCAAGGACUACAGCCAGCAUACACUGAUGCACAGUCAUAGCACUAUAUUAUGACUAUUUAGACAAGAUGUUAAUUCGCAGUUUGUACUGGAACAAUCUGAACACUUGCUAAUUCUGUGUAAUACAAGAAGGACCCUAGUAGUAUGUAACAUGCUUGAUUAAAUUUGACUGAUUAAUAAUUUACUGCUAUCUAAGGAAUUGUAAUGUUGCACCACUAAACAACAAGCUUAAACACACUGCUCACGUGCAGUGUUUUAAUUGUUUAGUUCCAUUUUUUUCAUAAAAACAUUAAACUGAUAACACAUAAGCUAAUAACACAUGAAAACGUGUUCACGUCCACAAAAUGAUCAUCUCCUUGUUCUCACAUUUUUCAAUUAUUUAUCCACUUCUUUUGCAUUUCUUCACAUGUUUCUUGUUCGUAUUUGUACUUCUUGCCAAUAACAGACCUUUUUGGAGUGCACUGAAUUGAAUACUUGGCUACAACAACCAUCACAGCAUUUGGCACACUUGACUAAUGGGUUCACAGUGUGGGCUGGUGUUUGAUGGUGGAGUUUUGCUGUUCCAAGUUCUUACAUGCUGAUUCAGUGGUGUGAUGCCGGGUCCAUUCACACUACAAGUCAACCAUUAUUGAUACCAACAGUAACACAAAUAGCAUAUUAACAAUACUGAAAACUUGUGUCCAUUGAGGAUUUUUUUUAUUUAAAUCAUCUCUAUCUAAUCAUUGUAGCAGUCUUUUUUUUUAAUUUCCCCAACAUCUUUUUUUUUUCGGGGAGAAGCUGGCAGGGUGCGAGCAGAUCAUGAUCUCAUAAAGAGUAACGCCAAUGGUUUGCAGUGUCAGCGUCCUUGUAGUAGAAGUGUUGUGUAGAUGCAUUAAAAAAAAUAUCAGACAAAAGUAAACACUGGCUCAUAAAAACAGAAUAGAGCCUUUGAAGAGGCAUUACGCAAAUGUUGUGAAACAUCUGCAGUGUUAAGUGCCUAAAAUACAAAUACUAACAUGUUGUAACUCUUGCAUGCCAGUAUUGGUCUAGCUAACAUAUAAUUUCGCAUAUAACUCAACAAAGUAGUCACUGUUCUUUGACUCAAAAUUCCAUUGGAAAGCUUUGUGCUUGUAAUCAGGCAGUGCCAUUUCACCACUAAAUCCAUGUAAAUCCUGUGUGUUAGGAUGGAUUUGCACUGAAGCGUGUGUUCGUACCAGGAAAUUCAAGCUGAAGGAAUCCCUCCCUCCUUCCUCCUUUUUUUUCCUUGUCCUAUUGGUCUCCUUUGACCUCUGAUUUAGUUUGCAUCAACUGGGCACUACCAGCCUCUGGAAUGGCACUACUCCCACGCCCACAAUGCCAUUUUGGGCCCAUUUGGUGAACUGAUGACUGAGGCCGACCUGAACCGAAUUGAGAAGCAAAUUGAGAACCUACAGGUUAUGCAUAAGGUAUCAGAAGUUGAGAAGGAACUGAGUGAAUUGGAGCAGGAGCUUCACCAGCUUCUACCAGUUUCUGCUGCUCUCAAUCAGGGGCACUUCUCAGUCAAUCCAAAGCAGGUGCAUGGCAAAGCUGAAGAUCUUCCAGCCUGGUGCAGCAAGAUUUCUACCCUCCUAAAGAGUAUGGCUAUCCUUCUUGCCACUCUGGGAGGCAAAGAGAUAGACAUCUUGGAUCUUAUAUGUCCUGGAUAUUCCCAAGAAGACACAAGAAAUGUGAGCACAGGUCAGUCAGUGGGAUCAGCUGGAAUUAUGGGACGCUCUCAAUCCUUUUCAACAAGAGAGGAUGUAGAAAAGGAAAUAAAGCAGUGCGGCGUUUCAGUGAAGAACCUAAAGGCUAAUUAUGAAGUUCAGAAUCAGCCACAGUCUGCAGAUAACCAAGCAAAUAGGGUUUACAAACGAAAGAGGUCACUCCCUGUGGUAAGUGAGUCUAGUUAUCAUCCAGAGACAGUCUGUGAGGAUGAGGUCCCUUGUUCCUCUGCUUCCAUACUGGAAUCCAAUACCAAUGGUGGUUUAACUUCAGUGGAGGAAUCAGUCUUGCCACUUGUUGAAGAACCAGCUAUCACCGCAUCUCAUGCUCCUAAGACAUAUAUGUCUUCUGAGGCAAUGGCGCCAACUAAUAUUGAACAGUUCAGCCAGGUUCUUUCUGCAGACCCUGUUUUAAAUAAUGAUCAACUAACAAGAAGCUUGGAGGUGCAGACAGAUCUAAGCUAUGUCCAGGAAUGUAUUGAAAUGAGGAAAGAAAGAAUUGUCUUCCUGUUCCUUGAACAUUGGCGGAAGUAUACAGUCUCUGAGUCUUAUCAGACUAGAUAUACUGGCAGGAGGCGAAAUCAUUUAGACGUGGACUGGGAGGACUACAGCCAAUUUAGUGCACAGAUUGGUGGAGAGAUGCACAGUGAAGACGAUAAACUCCUCCUAUUUAUGAAAUCAAAGCAGGUAGUAGGGAAUCUGAUUGGCCACUGGAGGGCAAUCAUGAGUCAAGUGCCCACACGCCAGAUCCGCCGGCUGAGUCGCGCUCAGAUGAUCUAUUGGCCACAGCAUUUCCUGCCGCACAUCAGCGGGUCAACUGUGAGCUAUGAAAGCCUAACUCUUGACCUUUUCAUGCUUGGCUAUUUCCAGCUAUUGGAAAUGAACAUGUCUCGAAGUGAGCGGAAAUUCCGACACCUUUUAUGCUAUGAGAUGUUUGACCGUCUUGGCAGCCAUAAAUGGGAGGUCAUAAGGCAGUUUCACAAGGAGGUCAUGGAGGAAAUUGAGUGCGAGAAGCGAGAUUGGGUGGAUGGUUUUGAGGACAUAAAAGUCAAGUACUUUGGAGACUCGGGUGAGGGAGGAGGCAUGCUGACAGCAUCGCUACAUUCCAUGUCUCCUGACAUGUCCAUAAUGCCAAUGCAGGAAACACUCCCUCCCCCACCAUCCCACCCACCACCUCCACCACCUCCUGAACUCCCACUUUCGAAUGCACACUCUGCACCACCUGCACCAUCACAACAACCGUCCUUACCAGUCUCACAUUCGGAGGUUUCUGAAGGUUCGUCACCUGCUGUGGCUCACGAUGGUCAGUGUGUGGAGCAGGAACCCCCCAAGGACUUAGUGGAGGACAGUGUUCAGGGGAAUGUCAGUUUAAAUAAGCCUGCAAUUUCUAAUGGGAAAGGUUCAGAGCAGGACCACAUGCAGGACUUGGCAAGCGUGCAACAUGUUGAAGCAACAGCUAAAGUUGAGACACUUCCAGACACAACAACACCAUGUCCAGUGAAAGAUGCCCAACCUGUUACUGUUAAAGUCAAAGAAGAACCCCACGUUGAUAAACCUCCACCCAAAGAAGAACCCAAUGAAGAUUCAAUUAAAGUCAUCUAUGAGCUUAAAGAGUUCAGCAAUGAGGAAAUCAUCAAAUACAUUGACCGAAGCUUUGCUUUUUGGAAAGAAAAGGAAGCUGAACUUUUUGAUAUCUAACAGCUAUGUAGGCUAAGGUUGUGCUGAAAGUUCACUGCUGAGAUCAAUUCUGGAAAACUAGCACGCACAGUGCAACAUGCUGACAAGAGAACCUAAUCUGCUUUGUUAAUGUUUAGGUCAUGUCACAUAAUGGACUUAACUGCAGCAAAGAGCAUCCAUGCUGCUGUGCUGACAUUACCGCUUCUGUAUGUUUAAGUGGAGGAAAGUAUGCAUUGUAUUACAAAAGAUGCACAUAUUGCGUGGAACCAAGAGCUUUUCAGAAAAAGUAUGAUUGAUUGCCACAAAACACAAGAAAAAAAAAGUUUUAAAGGAAAAGAUUUGCCAUAAAAAUCAAUGUUGUUUGUUUCUUUGGGUCAUCUUUGUAACGGGGAUGAUUAGUAAAACUCUGCAUAGUUGUUUUACACUGAAUAUUUCAGACUGCGUUUAUGUGAGGGUUUUAUCCCAUCUCAUUUUCAUACAGUAGGUGAUUAAUUGGCGUGGUAUAUGUAACGUGCAUAAGAACUUGUGGCUCACUUUUAAGUGACAGACUCAGGUCUAUAGAUAACAUUCAUAUAUUCCACUGACUUUAAAAAAUGACAUGGAAUUGCACACAGUUUUUGCUACAUAAAAGUUACAUUUCCAUUUAUCUUUCUUUCUAUGCACAUGAUCAAACGUGUCCCUUUUUCUCCUCUUUGUCACAUUUUUAGCCAGUUGGCUAUAGGACAGUUAAACACUGGCCUCAGUGAACUCACACAAAAACAGCAAGUGACAAACGUUGAGCAGCAUCUGGCCUCUGUUCUACCUUCAUUCUUGAUAAUUAGUGAAGGGGAAAAUGGCAUUACUGUCUAAAUGGUUCCUUUUUGCUUGAACUGAAAGAGAAAGUAGCUCAGUCUUUAGUGGGUUUGAAGUUUAGAACUACUUAGUGGUUCACAAUUGUCUUUGUUUAAAUCCGAGUGGAUUAUUUACUUAUAAGGUGUGCCUUUUAAUAAACAUUACAGAAUUGAUGAAAUAUGGUGAAAAUGGUUCAAAAGUUACAAUUUCUUUUCUCUGACCAUAUUUUAAAGUAUUCACCAGUCAAAGCUUUAACUUAAA